AUGGUUGAUGAUAAAUCUCUAAAUCCUGAGUAUGUUACUUGGCAGCGACAAGAUAAGCAAAUUAUGAGUUGGAUCAAUUCUACAUUGACUCCGAGUGUUCUUUCCAAUGUGGCUCGUUGUACUACUUCUGCUGAGAUAUGGAAGUCAUUGUCUACCCGCUAUUCCUCUCAAUCUCGCUCUCGUAUCCUUCAACUUAAGCAACAACUCCAAUCUACUAAGCGCGAUAGUAUGUCUAUUACUGCUUAUAUUGAUAAGUUGACUGCUAUUGCAAAUCAACUCUCUCUUGCCAGUAAACCCGUAGAUGAUGACGAUCUUAUUGAAAUUAUUCUUAAUGGCGUUGGUCCCGCUUAUGAGAGUGUAAACUCUGUCAAAGCUCGUGAAACCUCUAUGCCAUUUGAUGAUGUUCUUGCUCUUCUUUUGAGUGCUGAGUCUCGUCUUGAGGAUUCAAACUCUCCUCUUUCCGACUCUACUUCCACUGCUCUCUAUACUCGAGAAGUAAAGGAGGAAGCCAUCAGUUCUGAGGCGGCUGUUCGACGCUCGGGGAAAGUCCCUGAAGGAACGCUCCCAGUCCGUCCCCCGGUCAGCAUGAGGCGACCUGAUCUCGUUGCGGGAGCAGCUCGAGCAGUCACUGGUCAAAUUCCCAAUCCCUAG